AUGAAGACUUCUGAUGAUGAUAAUCCUGGUUUCUCCGUCGUCACUGUAGACUCUAGCUCUGGCGGUGAAGCUUCGUUCAAUUCGAGCAGAGCUUCUUGCACGAAAUCGGAGAUUACUUUCCCGCCGGAGCAGCAUGCCGUUGAAGAUUCAAGGAACCGAAACGUCUUCGUUUCAGUUGCUGCUGAGCCUGAGAGUUACGCUGAUUCGUUUAUGAAGCAUGCACUGAAAACUUCCGGCGAAUGCUCAGAGACAGAGGUUUCCGAUUACCUUCCGUUACAGUUCGUCAAAUCUGGAUCCGUUGGAGAAACUACUUCACCGAGUUACUCUCGGCUUCAUCAGCACCUCAAUGAGAACUGUACCAAAACUGCCGAGAACUUCCACGAAUACUCAGAGAUGAAGCAUUCAAAUUAUGCUCUGUCACUGUUCAUCGAUUCUGGAAGCCAGAUUUCGAAAGGAAUCGUUCGAGAAACUCCUUCACCGACCUAUCCUCUGUUAGUUCAAUACCUCAAGGAAUUCUCGAUGCUGAGAAAGAGAAGAACUCGUGUUGAAGGUUAUUUCGAAGAGCUCGUACUUCAGCAGCACUCGCAAAUCGUAGACUGGAUCAAGGAGCUGCCAAGUUACAUGUGGGGAGGCCUGGGGAAAGUUGCUUACAUCGACACAGAAGGAACUGUCCGACCUGACCGAAUUGCCCCUAUAGCUGAGAGAUAUGGCAUGGAUCCUGGGGCUCUAUUGGAUAAUGUAGAAACCAAGGCCCAUAUUAUUGCAGCAGCUACAAGAAUUGGUCUGCUGAGUAGACCCAUUGAAGAAAUAAAUAUUUUCAAAUUAUUAGUUGAUUUCUUAUUAUCUUCUAUAGAUAAGGUUCGAAAGGAAAUCCAGGAUGAAACUGAUAACAUGAUUGGGAGAUCAAAUCAAGUAUCCCAAGUUCCUGAUCAUUUCAAUAUCCAUUCCCCAAAGGAGGGGCAGGCUGUAAUCACUGUUCAUGACAUUGAAAGCAUGGUUCUUCACCCAAACGUGUUCAAGAUUUCCCGCAUGCUGGUCAGCCUCGCCAUCCAAUCAAUCAAGUGGAAGAGUUCAAGAGAGUUUGGAGAAUCAAGUAGUAGAAGGGAUACGCCAAGGAUAGGGAAAGGCAAGAAUAAAACAACUCAGAAUCAGAAAAGAACAGAACCUACCAGGAAAGCUUUGUUGGUUGGAAUGGCACAUCACAAUCACCGUGACAAAACAAUGAGACUUUACUGGACUUCAAUUGAGUUGGAACUUGUGGAGCAAAUCCUCAUCUCAGAAUAUGCAGUAGAAGAUGUGGUGGUGCUGUGUGACCAGCUUUAUGAAGAGGAUUUAUGCCAGUAUCCUUCUACGAAAGAUAACAUAACAAAGGUUGUGAACACAUGGGUAAAUACUGCCAUUAAGGGAGACGAACUGUUCUUGUAUCUUAGUGGGCAUGGUGGCCAAAGAGAAGAUGAUCGUCCAGCAAUUUGGAGCUCUGAUUGGGAGCCGAUGACGGAUGAGUUUUGGGGAAAGAUAGUGGAUAAGGUGCCCCUAGGUGUCACCCUCACUGUCUUCACCAACAGUUGUGAUGCAGGAUGCUUCUUCCUAGAGGCGAAUGUGACUAAUCAAAAUAGGGGUGACGUGGUAGCUUUCUCCCCCUGUGGCUUCUAUGGAAGAUUUAAUGAUGGCUUUAUCCAUCAGAUAUUUUGCGACGUGCUGAGGAAGGCAAAAGGCAAAACUAAUCAUGAAGUACACCAAGCCAUCGUGAAAGCUAUGCAGAAAUCUAACCAGAAAGUAGACCCUCAGCUUUACUGCACAUUUACAAGAGGCAGCAAAGGGUUUUUUGGGAUGAGUAGCUGUAGCUUAGUGAUUCUGCACAUUCCUGAAUUCUAUUUUCCUAAAUAGGUAGCUAUAGGUUUGCAUGAACUUGGUUCAAUUCUAUUCGUUGCUAAGUUCCUAUUUGUUAUUUCAAAUAUUAAUUUUGUUUAGUUUGUUAACUGCUGUCAUAUGCUUAUGGAUUUGAUGCUUAUGGAUUUGUGUUAUUCUCUUC